AUGAAGCUCAAAGCGUCGCAUGCCGAUCUCGGUCCCACGGCACGAAAGUCGCCGCAGCUUGUAAGGCUGGCCUUUUGUUCCCACAAGCUCGCACGCGAAGCACGACCACCCACGCAAAGUGUCACGGAGGCUUCUGUGAAGCGACUCAAGAUGUUCACAGGCAUAGUGGAAAUCAUAGGAACGGUUUCGAGACUCGAGAAGCUCGACACAACCGCGAGUGGCGGCGGCGGAACGUCUCUCACGAUCACUGGGGCCGAAGCCAUCCUCGAUGAUUGCCACGAAGGCGACAGCAUUGCCGUGAACGGCACGUGUCUCACGGUCACCGCGUUUGACAAGUCCACGUUCAAAGUGGGCGUGGCGCCCGAGACUCUUCGCCGCACAAAUCUCGGCUCCCUGGUGGAGGGCUCGAAGGUCAAUCUCGAAAGAGCAGUUUCGGCGCACACACGGAUGGGCGGACACUUUGUGCAGGGACACGUAGACACAGUCGCAACAGUGCUGUCUGUUACUCCUGAUGGGAACGCGCUUACCUUCCGUUUUCAACCCAGGGAUCCGUCCGUUCUGCGCUACGUGGUGGAAAAAGGCUUCAUCGCCAUUGACGGGGCCAGCUUGACCGUGACAAAGGUCAAGGACGGAAAUGACGGGUGGUGGGAGGUCAUGCUGAUUGCAUACACGCAAGAGAGGAUUGUCACUGCAAGUAAGAAAGCCGGUGACGAGGUGAACAUCGAAGUAGACAUGGUGGGCAAGUACGUGGAGAAGAACGUUGCGGCAUAUUUUGAGGAGGGUGCAGGGACUGGCGGACUGAUUGCCAGUCUCGUGGAAAAGAUAGUGGAUGAGAAGCUGAAAGGAGCAAGAUGAGUCGCUUUGCGGGCUUCCAAUCACUUCUGGCGCAUGGUUACCCGGCCAUGUUAGGCAGCCAUACGGCGCCUCCGUCUGUCUUGGGUACGAAGAGUGAGGCAGUGCACGAUAACUGGGUGUUGUGUCUCAGUGAGGCUACAGCUCAUCUGACAAUAUAUAUCGUGUUGCUGGUCCACAA